CAAGCCGAACUAGUCCCCACAUGGGUCGUCCAGAAAUGCUGAUUGGUCGUGACUGGACUAUGCUGUGUGACGUCACUGACGAGACUGCCAGAGUCAUUUGUAGACUUCUCGACUAUGCUUCAAACGAAGCAACGGUGGUUGCAUCGUCAUUUGGACCUGUGCAAGGACGCUUCCUAAAUUCUAGAGUAAGAUGUCUUGGCAAUGAGACUAAUCUCAUUGUUUGCAUUAAGAGUGUGUCGGGUUAUAUGGAUAGUUGCAGUUCCGAACAAGACAGAGGAAUCAUAUGCAACGACGCACGCCAGUAUCUUUAUAUCGUGGCUGAAACAAACUCAGCAACCAUUAGUUAUCCAUUUACGGAGGGUACUAAUGUCAGCCUGAAGUGCCAAAGUGCUUAUCGUAAUCAACUCAUCAGUCAGUACACCUGGCUGGAGACUGCAGGAGGUCGUCCUUCCAGGGAGUAUCUGAUCUUUGACAACGUGACUGGAGAACAUAACGGAGGGCGAGUGAAAUGUGGGGCUGACUACUACUCGAGUGAACUCAACCAGACAUUAUACAGUGAAACUUUAGUAAUGCAAGUUUACUGUUCGCCAAGGAGACGUGACACAAAAGAGCAGGUUCCUUUGGUCCAAAUCACAGAUUCGAAAGGUCUUCUCACUCUUGAAUUGACAGCCUACCCGACACCUCAUGUAGCAAGCACAACUUACAAUGACAGUAGAGAUGGAGCGUCCGUCGAAGAUACAGUGAAGAUUGUGUGUGUCGCCAGCAAGAUCAUACCCGCCUUCGUCACGUGUAACAUUACUGUUGUAAACUUGUCACAUUCUGCUGAAGGCUUCUAUAGUGUCAUCUUCAGUAACAGUCUUGGAAAUUUCACUUUUGUAUUUAGAACUAUUCGCAAUAGUGUAGGUGGGGAGUCCUCUCCACAAGUGGCAGUCAUCGUUGGUGGGUGUGUUCUGCUGUCAUCAUCAUUGCACUCGCCAUCACAUCAUCAAUAGUUCUAAUUCGGCGCAAGGUCAAAUUAAAAAAGAAUGAAAACAUUUAUGAGAGACCGGUCAUAAGGGAACAGUCUGAAGAUCAAACUUAUUCCAGACUGCAAGUGAAUAGGAUGAUGACUGCUGAGACCCUUCCUAUGAGUGGGAUGGAGAAUACAGGGACUGACCGAGUUUACGCCAACACAACAGAAUUCAGUGUCAGUGCAUCUGCCAUUUAUGAUAAUGUAGAGUCUUGGGAAGCCACAAGCAUACGAAAAUAUUGACUUUGUCAAAAAAUGAACGAAGACUUUUCAAGCGCCUGUAAUAUAAGCCUGCGUUUAAGCCUAUCGGUAUUUAAGAUCUCAUUUUGCAAUUUAUGUUCAUGUCACACACA